AUGACUGGUGAUAAAAACUUUGAAACGGUCUUAAAAGAGCUAGAAGCAAAACAUCGUGAAUUUCUUAACAAGCACUCAGAACAUCGUCAUGAAAUAUUGGAAAGACAAAAAGAUGAAACUAUAUUGUUUGAGAAUAAACGUAGAUUCGUCCUAUUUCCAAUUAGGUUCCAUGAAAUAUUUGAUGCAUACAAGAAACGUGAAGCCCUCUUCUGGACUGCCGAAGAGAUUGACCUGAAACAAGAUUGCGUCGACUGGGAAGAUAAGUUAGGUGAUAAAGAGAAACAUUCUAUGAAGAGAGUUCUUGCCGUAUUUGCUGCAUCGGUCUUAUCAGAACUUAAGUUAACUGAAACACUUUCUGCAGAAGUUCAAACACCGGAAGCUAAAUGUUUUUAUGGCUUUCAAAUCAUGGUUGAUAACGUUCAUGAAGAAGUAUACUCUUUAGUUAUUGAUUCCUUUGUCACAAAUAAAGACGAAUUGGAAGUGAUGUUUGAUGGAAUCGAGGAAGAUGAAAUUAGUCAGGAAAAGAUUGCAUUUGCCAAAAGGUGGUUCGAUGUUAGCAAUGCGUUAUUCGGUGAAAAAUUAGUAGCAUUUGCUGCAAUUCAAAGUUUGUUUUCUCUGAAUUCAUAUGCUUCUCUGUUCUCAAUGCAAAAAAGGAGACUUUUACCAGGUUUGAGUAAGGCAAACGUAACGAUGUUUAAGGAUCACUCUAUCCGUACAGAGUUUCAAUUUUUGAUGUUCAAUCAUCUAAAAAAUAAAAUUAAUAAAGAAAUCGUUCAGAGGAUUGUAAUUGAAGCAGUCAACAUUGAAAAACGUGCACUAAGAAAAAAUUCAAUGAGUUUCAAACAGCUAGGUUUAGAUAUUAAACUAAUGGAGGAACUAAUUGAAUAUGUCGCCGAUAUCAUUUUAGAAGGUUUUGGAAAUGAUAAAUUCCAUAAAACAUCAAAUCCAUACGACUUUAUCGAUACAGACAGUUUCCCAAAUGCUUGUUAUUCCUUCCAAAAAAAGAUUGCACAUAUGAACAAACCAACAAUCGAUGAACCAAAUACCGACAUAAGUAACUUCUCAUUCAAUGACGAUUUUUAG